CGCUUCACAAGUUGUGUUCAACAGACGACGACCCUGAGUGUAUCAGACGACGCCUGAGUGUAUCGAGUGUUAUAUCAACCGAAGAUCUUGAUCUUUCAGCCUUCUUUAUGCGGCGCUAGUGAUGCGUCUUCCUGGCGCCUCGCGGUUCAAGUGGGGAUGGGUGAAGCCCUACAAGCGGCGCACGGCCUCCCUCUGGCACUUCCCCGAGGUGAGUCCCCGCACCGGCCAGCCCAUCGACUGGAUGUACGAUACGCCCAAGAGCGGCUACGAGGCCAUCAAGGUAUGGGGACCGCACACGCUGGAGCUCAAGGGUAUGCCCAUGGGCAAGACGCCGGAGUACAUGCAGGAGCGCCUCCGCAGAUUCUUCAGCAAGUACGGCCACAUCCAGCACUGCAGGGCGCUGCCUCACCCUCUCGACCCCUACCAGUGUGAAGGGACGGCGUACGUCACCUUCCGCAAUCGCUAUGCGUCGCUCAAGGCCCUUCGUUCCCCUCUGCGUUUCCCCGACAGCCUGCACAAUCACAUAGUGCGGAUGCGGCAUCUCGACACCGACAAGGAGAACGACUGGCAAUACAUCUACAAGGUGCGGCACUACAACCACCAGAUCCUCUCCAUCACGAGGCAGCUCUACGCCAAACUCGCCCAUGGCCCAUGCCAGCUGAGCAAGGUCGCCGUCGGCCUCUACGAGCAUGAGUACCAAGUGGGCAAGGAGUACAAGCUCGGCAAGCUGGGCGCCAAGCGGACGGCCGACCAGUCCAUCAUGCACCGCUUCAACAGCUGGGCCGCCUACCUGACCACCGCCCCCUUCUCGGAUCUCUUUGACGUGACGGGCAGCGACGCCGAGCACCCCUCACGGAGAUGGGUGCGGCGGAAGAUCGUCAGCGAGAGCUAUCUGGAGAGGGCUCUGGUCAAGGCCGACAUUGUGCUGUUCCACAUGCUGGAAAGGGAGUGCACUGUGCACUGGCGCAAGGGGAAGCCGCCACUGCCUGAGUAAGCAAGCCACACAGUAAGUAGGACAGGAGGACAGACAGGGAUGCAUGUGUCGACGGGCUGUGUUGUGUCCGCCGUUGCAACCAGGUACGUCAAGAAGAACAUCCUGUUCUGGGACCACAAGCCCCCCUUCAUCGAGGAGCUGCAGAUCUACUCGAGGCCAAUCACCUUCUUCAGGCAAGCGGGGCGGGGAAGCGCAAGGCACGGAAGCCGUGAUACUGAGGGUUCACACACCUGCCUAUAUAUCGGUGCUGUCUGUGCUCUAUUAGGAUAUACGACGAGAGUCAUCUGUUCAAGCUUCGGCUCAAGCGGGAGAGGAACAAGAACAAGAAGGAGAGGCGAGCCGCCGUCAAGUGAGACAGACCACACAACACAUAUAUACGGAUGUCGUCGACGCGUCACCGUCGGUAUUUCUUUCUUCUGUCUGUCUGGGUUUGUGCAGGCAGCAGCGUCAGAUCCAGAUGCAGCAGCAGGGCGUUACGCCACACGACCCUCUCCCACUUCCCUUUCAGCAGCCAGCGACGAAGAGUCAGCCAGCAGUGGCUGCUACAUGAACUAAUGUGCGAGGGAGUGUCUGCCCACCUGUCUGUCUGUGUGUACAGAGAGUGCUUGAGCUGGCUAGUACGGGCAGCCAUGCAUGUGCAUGUUUUGAUGAGCACAUGUCUGUCUAUCUGCCGAUGUGGCGGGUUUUCCCGUCUGUCAGACUUGACACGUACGUUGGUUGCAUCUGAAUGAAUGUGUU